AUGCGUAGCGCUCUACUCGUUCUCUUCCUUUGCGGCAUGCUUUUCGCAUUUGCCUCAGCCGGACUGCUGGGCGGCGGCGGUGGCGGGGGUGGUGGUGGUUACGGCGGAGGCGGCCAAGGAGGCUGGCAAAAUAAUGGCGGCGGCGGGGGUGGUCACGGCGGAGGCGGCCAAGGAGGCUGGCAAAAGAAUGGCGGCGGCGGGUUGGGCCAAGGAGGCUGGCAAAAUAAUGGCGGCGGCGGCGGCGGAGGAGCACAGGGAGGCUGGCAAAAGAAUGGCGGUGGAGGAGGAGGACAAGGAGGCUGGCAAAAUGGAGGCGGCGGCCAAGGAGGCUGGCAAAAUGGCGGAGGCAGCCAAGGAGGCUGGCAAAAUGGCGGAGGCAGCGGUGGACACGGCGGUGGCAAGUCCUUGGCCGGGAAUCGUGGAAGUUCCGUCUCCUGGCAGGGAGGAAAUGGCGGCGGCGGCGGUGGCAAGCACGGCGGCGGCGGAGGAGGCGCUGGUGGCAAGCACGGUGGAGGCUGGUAG